AUAACGUCUUAGAGUGUGCUUGCUAUCUCUGCAAAUGACGUAAACUUUGUAUAUAUAAAGCUUGUACUAAACCAUCCCUGCAAACACAACCGACACCCUGAUGAUGAUGCUUGCAAGACUCACCCUUCUUUGCUGCCUGGUCGCUGCUGCUUUUGCAGCAUGUGGCAAACAAGCUAUUCCACCAACAAACCUGAAGAUUGUAGGUGGAGUGGAGGCAAGACCUGGAAGCUGGCCUUGGCAGGUUAAUCUCAGGCAGAAGUAUACAUUUGGAGGUGGUGACUAUCAAUUUUGUGGUGGCUCACUCAUUAACCAUCAAUGGGUUGUAACUGCCGCUCAUUGUAUUGGCAAGAAUUCAAAACCUAGCAGCUAUAUUGUCGUCCUUGGUGCACACCAGAGAGAUUCUGCCGAUAGUUCACAACAACAAUUCGGUGUAACUCAGGUCAUCACACAUCGAGAUUUUUCAAGCAGAACAUUGGACAAUGAUAUUGCCCUAAUGCAGCUUGACAAACAAGUUACAGUCAACGAAUACAUCAGCCCUGUAUGUCUUUCUGGGGAAAAUUUCCCCGCAGGCACCAACUGUGUUGUUACUGGCUGGGGUGACACCGAAAGUACAAUUGAACCAUCCACAUUGCAGCAAGUUGUUGUGCCAAUCAUUGAUACUACCACCUGCAAUCAACCACUGUGGUAUGGUGGCGAAAUCACUGACAACAUGUUUUGUGCUGGGUUCGCAGAAGGUGGUAAGGAUUCAUGCCAGGGUGACAGUGGUGGACCUUUUGUGUGCAAAAAUAGUAGCGGUGAAUAUGAGCUUACUGGCGUGGUAAGCUGGGGUUAUGGUUGCGCUGAUAGUCGCAAGCCAGGUGUCUACACCAGAGUCAGCAACUACAUCGAUUGGAUCAAUGAACAGAUAUCAACAGGCCUAUAAUAGUUAGUACAAAAUCAUAGGGAAAAUAAAAAGUUGAAAUAUUAUGGGAAUACAUUGUUUUGCGAUAUUGAGUUAAUACCAUGUGAAAUAUAAUUGGUUCAAACGGA